AUGCCUAGACAUUUGGUGUUAAAGAUUAUUGGUGAGCUUUGUCAGGUAGAACCUCAAUUUAAUUAUCAGUAUGAUGCACUGAAUAUUAGGGGUCAUAGCCCUGAACAAAAGUUUACUUCGGUUUUGAGGAUUUUAGGAUACGGAAGACCUCCAGAUUCUAAUGAUGAGUACCUUCGCAUUGGCAAAACAACUGCAUACAAGUAUCUUGUGUUGAUUUUCGAAACAAUGAUUAAUCAUGUUGGUCCUACCUAUUUACGAAAACCAACUGAUGCAGAUGUUAGAGAAAUAUUAAAGCAGAAUCAGGAAAGGGGAUUUCCUGAAAUUCUGGGUAGUCUUGAAUGCAUGCAUUGGGUAUGGACUGGAUGCCCUACCUAUUGGGCCGGAUCUCAAAACGAUAUAAAUGUUUUACACAAAUCGCCUUUGUUUGAAGAUUUAAAGUAUGGAAUUUCUCCUCAAGUAAAUUUCAAUAUCAACGGGAAUCACAACACUCAUGGUUGUUAUCUUGCAGAUGGAAUUUAUACAAAAUGGUCAACUUUAGUUCAAUGUUACCGUCAUCCACCUACCGGUGAAAUGGGUCGUGUAGUUUUUAAGUGGUAG